AUGGAGUUUAGGGCAUCUGGUCAGAAACAAAGGAUCCCUAAGGACUGGAUGAAGCAAGAACAGCUAAGGUCAUUUGUGUUUGUGUGUGUGUGUGUGGGUGGCACAAUAGACAUCACGGUGCAUGAGAUCCAAGAAAACCAUUACCUGAAGGAAUUACACAAGGCAUCUGGAGGUGGAUGGGGAGGCAACAGAGUGGAUCAAAACUUCAUUGAUUUCCUCAGGGAAAUAUUUGAUGAUGGUGUAUGGAAUGAAUAUGAAGAGAAAUACCCUACUGAAUUACAACAUAUGAUGUACAACUUUGGUCUACAGAAAUGUUCUGCUAGCAGAGAGGAUGUCUACAUACGUUGCUACUACAACUUGACCAAACUGGCAGAGUGUGAGAAGAACAUCUCCCACUUCUUCAAAAAGCACAAUGGAGUUGUGUGGUGUGAUAGGGUAUUCAUGGUUACGUAUGAGAAAAUGAAGACCUUUUUUAAUUACAGUAUCAGAAAUAUCAUUCAUACUUUGAGGGUAAUUCUUGACAAGCCUGAGAUGGCCAAGGUCCAGUACAUUUUGCUUGUAGGAGGCUUUUCAUCUAGCAUCAUCUUGAGAGAUGAGAUCAGUGAGGCCUUUAGUGAGGGGUAUCAUAUCCUUUGUCCUUUGGAUGCCCAAGCAGGCAUUGUAAAAAGGGCUGUUUUAUUUGGAGUCAAUCCAUGCAUAGUUGCCUCAAGAGUCAGUGCUCAGACAUACGGCAUAGCAGUAGCUCAGGAAUUCAAUGCUCCUAUCCAUGACCUCAGCAAAAAAAGGAUCUCAGAAAAGGAUGGCUAUAUUUAUUGUACAGAUCUCUUCAAGAAAUUGGUUGGAAUGGAUGAGUCAGUGAAUAUAAAUAAAGAAGCCCAGUAUUAUUUCCAUCCAGUAGAAGCAGAUCAAACACAAGCAAAGUUUUCUUUCUAUUGUACAGAAAAGCAGGAUGCUCAGUAUGUAGAUGAGGAAGGGAUGGAAUUCCUUGGCUCCUGUACAGUGCCAAUGCCAGACACAAAGCAACGGAGGAAGCGCCAGCUGAAGCUGGAUAUUAAAUUUGGGCUUACUGAAUUUAAAGCCACAUGUACUGACAUUACUUCCAAACAAAGACGGACAAUUACAGUUGAUUUUUUAUCUGUGUAAAUUCUCAGUACCUUGAGGAGAAAGGACAAUAACUCAAGGGAGAACAAGGCUUCAGUGAGAGACAAUAACCCAACAACAGACAAUUCAAAUGGACCAUAAAGUUCAUCAUCCAGCCUUCUGCUUGCACAGAUUAACAAUUUGCUAGUCUGAUUCUCUGUGAUUCUAUGAUUCUAUGGCUCUUUCCGUUAUUCACCAACCACCCUUUCAGGCUAACACAUCUCCUUCUGUUGUAUCUGACAGCAGGAUUAUCUGCUGCUUUAUCUCUUGCCCUUCUAGCUUAGCCCUGUUGCAUCACUGAAUAGUCCAUAUCACCAAUAUAAUCUUCUGUACUCAUGUUUGAUACAAAGCUUCUGGACAGAUGUCUUAACUUCCAGAUAUACCAGACUAUAAGUAUUUCUUUUAGCCUGAUGCCUUCUACAUUCUUUCUUCUUCUGAUAUCAGGUAUCUUCAUCUGGAGUCCAGGUUUAACUCUGCCAAUGGUGACACUGAAUGGAUUUCAGUUCUCCUCAGGACGUCACUUACAUAGAUUGUGUGUAAUUCACUUGCUCUCAGUCAAGACAG